AUGUCAUUUAUGGGACUAUAUUACGUAGCAGGGAUAGACCGAUACCAGCCUUCCAACGUGUUCUUUGACGUGAAGAUUGGCGAGAGAGAUGUUGGCAGAAUUGUAAUCGGAUUGUUUGGAAAAGUUGUCCCAAAGACUGUUGAGAACUUCAUUGCCUUGGCAACUGGUGAAAAAGGAUAUGGGUACAAAGGAAGUAAAUUUCAUCGCGUGAUCAAAGAUUUUGUGAUUCAAGGUGGAGAUUUCACAGUUGGAGAUGGAACUGGAGGAAGAAGUAUUUAUGGAGAGCAGUUUCCGGAUGAGAACUUUAAACUCAAGCACUAUGGUAUUGGAUGGGUCAGCAUGGCUAAUGCUGGCCCAGACACUAAUGGUUCCCAGUUCUUCAUCACAGUGACAAAACCUUCCUGGUUAGAUGGAAAACACGUAGUUUUUGGCAAAGUCAUUGAUGGAAUGUCUGUUGUACACUCUAUAGAACUUCUGCAGACAGAUGAACAUGAUCGCCCUCUUGAAGACUGUGUGAUAGUAAACAGCGGCAAAAUAGCUGUGAAAGAACCAUUUGUGGUUGAAGUAGAUGACUGGUGAAAUGAGCACCUGCAAUGGAAGAGGAAAUGUAUAGCUUUUCUCUUGGGCCUAAAAUAGGGAUGCAGCUGUUGGUUAUCCAGUAAGUUUUCACAUAAAUAUGCCGGGGUGUUGGCAAAUAGAGUGGUAAUCUUCAGUUGCAGGAUAUGCUUCUGUUCUAUUCUGCCAAAAUUGGGGAAACCAUACUUAUUUUCCCCCUAAAACAAGGGACAUCCAAUUAAGUACUAGAGCUGCUAGAAAACCAGGAAUUUAUUUAGAAACAGGUUUGAAAUUUUUCACUGUUUUGCAGGUUUUGAGAUGGUCUCAUUUUCUAUUUCUUGUGAAAUACUUCAGUAUUUGUUGCUGACAAUCCUUCAUUUACUGAAAAAUCAGAUUUUAAAAAUUUUUUUCAAAGCUGAUUCUUGUAAAAAAUUAUGGUAAAAUAUGAAAAUGUUUCAAAGCAUUUUGAUUUCAGUAAUUUUCACAACAGCCUUUUUCUACAAAAUAACUAUUUUUACAAAUGUUAGUGGGUUCCACAAAAGAUACAUUAUUGCUGCUUUCUUGGAGAUAGGGAUGUAAUACUACAAAUGAAAACAACUGACCAGUUCAAAUCCAAAUCCCUUGAAAGUGCAGAAUGGCAUUGUUUCUUCUUUUAAAAAAAAGUUCUACCAAAUACAAGACACUAACCAAAGCAAAGGAACUUAAUUUGUAUUAAAAAUGUGCUUUAGAAAGAAUCUCUGUUUUGCACAGGAUAUUUUAUACACAGUUAGCAUGUCAUGCAAAAGACAGCUCACCAAAGCCUUCAAAGUACAAAGAUUUAAGAUAGUGCAAUUCAGCAUUGAAUUUUUUUUUACCCUUUCCAACUCCUCAUUUGCUAGCAGAAUAGAUUUUAAUACAUUUUUUUGAAACGAAGCAUGUACAAUAGCUCAUUCAAAUACAACUGUACUGAAUUUAGGCUGAGCUACAGAUAUAUAUAGGCAAUAAUAAACUUUUGCAACAUGAGA